CAUCUCGUUGGUGGGGCGGGUGCCGGGUGCCAUCAAGGGCCCAGGGGAGGUCGUGUUCGGGCUGCAGGAGCUAUUUCUGGCUGGUCCCGGCUCCCACGCCCGCAUUUUCUCAGGGAAUUUACAUUCAGUCUGCUGAAUGUCUCUUGGCUUAGGUUGCUGGAUAUGUGGAGCUCCCCAUAGGUUCUGGGCUAUUAGAGCCUAGUCCCAGGGUUUGCGUUGUGGCCAGGCUUCUGUUUAUGCUAUUGCCCGCUUCCAGUGAGGCAGCAUGUAUUUUUAGGUCCCAUUUCCAAAUGGAGGUCUGAAAUCUCUUCCACUCCCAGAAGUGGGCAGUUGAUGGCACCCGCACCCUCUUUCAGUUUUCGGUCGCUGCUGUUUGAUCUGUUGGCUUCUGAGAAGCAUUUUGACCACUGCUUCAGCUACCAUAGGAGGACUGGCAAGAUCCCACCUGCUAGGUGAAGGGCAGAUUAGUGACCUUUGACCUGUACCUGCUGGUCCUGACUUUCAGAGGCCCAGGAUGGGUGAAUUCAACGAGAAGAAGGCGACAUGUGGCACUGUCUGCCUCAAGUAUCUGCUGUUCACCUACAACUGCUGCUUCUGGCUGGCCGGCCUGGCUGUCAUGGCAGUGGGCAUUUGGACACUGGCCCUCAAGAGUGACUACAUUAGUCUGCUGGCCUCAAACACCUACCUAGCCACAGCCUACAUCUUAGUGGUGGCUGGUGUUGUUGUCAUGGUGACUGGAGUCCUGGGCUGCUGUGCCACUUUCAAGGAGCGACGGAACCUGUUACGCUUGUACUUCAUCCUGCUGCUCAUCAUCUUCCUCCUGGAGAUCAUUGCUGGCAUCCUGGCCUAUGUGUAUUAUCAGCAGCUGAACACAGAGCUCAAGGAGAACCUGAAGGACACCAUGAUCAAGAGAUACCACCAGUCAGGCCAUGACGGCGUGACCAAUGCUGUGGACAAGCUGCAGCAAGAGUUCCACUGUUGUGGCAGCAACAACUCUCAAGACUGGCGAGACAGUGAGUGGAUCCACUCUGGUGAGGCAGAAAACCGUGUGGUUCCUGACAGCUGCUGCAAGACGGUGGUACUUGGCUGCGGUAGGCGGGACCAUGCCUCCAACAUCUAUAAAGUGGAGGGCGGCUGUAUCACUAAGCUGGAGAGGUUCAUUCAGGAGCACCUGCGGGUCAUCGGGGCCGUGGGCAUUGGCAUUGCCUGUGUGCAGGUCUUCGGCAUGAUCUUCACCUGCUGCUUGUACAGAAGCCUCAAGUUGGAGCACUACUGAUGUUGCCACCGGGCCGGGCGGCCAGCCUUGCACUGUGUCCCAGCCCCACUACUGAACACUACUGACUUAGACUGCUGACUGACUGCCAGAGGUAGCUGCCCUCGUGCCAUCACCAUGACCCCUGGCACCCCACCUCAGGGGUAGCUUCAAGUGCCUUUCACUGCACACCAAAGUCCCAAAGCUUGAGGCGGUGUACUUGCCCCAGCAUUAAGAAGAGGGGGGCACGUAUGCUAGUGUUGGGCUAGGCCUGGCUAGUAGAGUAGGGUUUAGAUUACUUGACAGAAGUGCCUCUUAUGCACAGACUGCUUCCCUUUGGGUAGCUGUGAUCUGCAGUAAGUCUGGGGAGAACCCGGUACACCACUACACGGUGGGUAAAAGCAGGCAGGAAGGGCCUUCCUCGUCGGACCAGGCACCGUUCAUGCCUGCUGCUGGGAAGCCUCAGAGGUGCUCGCCCCAAACAAAUGGGGCAAGCCGAGGGGACCUCCAACCCCACACUUCUUGCUCCAUCCUCUCUACCCAGCCUCUUGCUCCUAACAGCCUCAGCUCUGGCUUUUCCCCACUACUGCUAACACCUGUCAGUGGUCCAUGGUCCUGUACACUGUCUCCUUCAGAACAUCGCUGGUGGAGCGUGGCUGUCCUCACUCACUGCUGUAUGCCCACAAAUGCUCCUGCUAUGUAUCAGGUGCUCAAUAAAUGUGUAAGCAGUCGA